GUCCGGAAAUUCCCAGGAGCCCAGCCUGCCACGAAGGGCGGUCAUUUCUCAUAAUAUGGAUAAAGCUCUGAAGGAAGUGUUUGACUAUACCUACCGGGAUUACGUGCUUUCCUGGUAUGGGAAACUGAGUCGGGAUGAAGGGCAGCUGUAUCACCUGCUUUCUGAAGACUUCUGGGAGAUCGCCAGACAGCUGCGCCAAAGGCUGAGCCACGUAGAUGUGGUGAAAGUGGUCUGCCAGGAUGUCGUCAGAGCUUUGCUCGCCCACUUCUGUGACCUCAAAGCGGCUAGCAGCAGGCAGGAAGAGCAGCCGCGGCCUUUCUCCUUGCACACCUGCCUGAGGAAUGCAGAGGAGGAGAUACGGUUCCUCCAAGCAUGCUCCCAAGUUCUGGUGCUCUGCCUCCUCCCCUCCAAGGACGUCCAGUCUGUGAGCCUGCGCACUGUCCUGGCCGAAAUUCUCACCACUAAAGUGCUGAAGCCGCUGGUGGAACUGUUGAGUGACCCUGAUUACAUUAACCAGACGCUGCUCGCGCAGCUGGAGUACCGCGACCAGGUAAACGAGCGGCACAAGAAAGCCUACACGUACGCGCCUUCCUACGAGGAGUUCAUCAAGCUCAUCAACAGCAACUCCGACGUGGAUUUCCUGAAGCAGCUCAGGUAUCAGAUUGUAGUGGAAAUCAUCCAAGCAACCACCAUCAGCAGCUUCCCCCAGAUGAAAAGGCACAAAGGGAAGGAGACGGCGGCCAUGAAGGCGGACCUCCUGCGGGCCCGGAACAUGAAGAGAUACAUCAACCAGCUGACUGUGGCCAAGAAGCAGUGCGAGAAGAGAAUCCGGCUUCUGGGGGGCCCGGCCUACGACCAGCAGGAAGACGGGGUCCCCGAUGAAGGUGACGGGCCCCAGAGCCAGAAGAUUCUCCAGUUCGAGGACAUCCUGGCCAACCCAUCUCACCGGGAGCACUUCCGGGUCUACAUGGGGAGGAUGGACAAGCAGGCGUUGAUUGGCUUCUGGGAAUCGGUGGAGUCCUUAAAGAGUGCCAGCAAGACGGAGAUUCCUCAGUUGGUCAGUGAAAUCUACCAGGAUUUCUUUGUGGAGAGCAAGGAGAUCGUGGUGGAAAAGGCGCUGCUCAAAGACAUCCGGCAGAGCCUCGUGGGCAAUAAGGGGAUCGAGGUGUUCUACCGGAUCCAGGGGGACGUGUACGAGACGCUCAAAGACGGCUAUUACCCCUCCUUCAUCGUCAGCGACCUCUACGACAAGCUGCUCAAGACGGAGGAAGAGCAGAGUGACGCCCAGCUCGCCUCUGACGACCAGGAGGAAGGGAGCCAAGCCGGGGACGCCGGCGAGGACCCCGAGGACGAGGACGGGCCGAGGAUCAGCGAACAGGCCAGCUACGCCGCAAACAAACUCCGCGCCCUCAACGAGAAACUCGAGUACAAGAGGCAGGCCCUCAGUUCCAUCCGCAACUCCCCGAAGCCCGACAGAAAGAUGGUGUCCCGGCUGAAGGACGAGAUCAUCCUGAUGGAGAAGGAGCACUGCGACCUGCAGCUGCACAUGGCGAGGACCGACUGCUGGUGUGAGAACCUCGGCCUGUGGAAAGCCCUCAUCGACAGCAGCGAGGUCACGGAGGAGAACGGGGAGCAGAUGCCCUGCUACUUUGUCACGGUCAGCCUGCGGGACGUCGUCGGGGGGGAAAGCAAGAGCUGGACCGUCCCCAGGAAGCUCAGCGAGUUCCAGAAUUUGCACCGGAAACUGAGUGAGUGUUUCCCGUCGCUGAAAAAAGUCCAGCUGCCUUCUCUCAGCAAGCUUCCGUUCAAAUCCGUGGACCAGAAAUUCCUAGGAAAGUCAAAGAAUCAGCUGAAUAACUUCCUACAGAAGCUGCUGUCGGACGAGAGGCUGUGUCAGAGCGAAGCUCUGUACGCCUUCCUCAGCCCUUCCCCCGAGCACCUCAAGGCCAUCGACCUGCAGGGGAAGAAAUCCACCUUCUCGCUGUCCUCCUUCCUGGAGAGGCUUCCUCGGGACUUCUUCUCCCACCAGGAGGAGGAAGCGGAGGAGGACAGCGACCUGUCGGACGGUGGCGGCGACGACGUGGACGGGAAGAAGGACGCGCUGGCGGAGCCCUGCUUCAUGCUGAUCGGCGAGAUUUUCGAGCUGCGGGGAAUGUUCAAAUGGGUCAGAAAGACGCUGAUUGCACUAGUCCAGGUCACGUUCGGACGGACAAUCAACAAGCAGAUCGGCGACACGGUGAGCUGGAUGCUGAGCGAGCAGAUGCUGGUGUCCUACGUCAACCUGUUCCGAGACGCCUUCUGGCCCAACGGCAAACUCGCCCCAGCCCCGGGGGCCCGGACUGAGGAGCAGAGCCGGGACACCAAACUGCGAGCGAGGCAGAAACUCCUCGACAACAUUCCAGAUCUCCUGCAGAACCUCGUGGGCCAACAGAACGCCCGCCACGGAGUCAUCAAGAUUUUCAACGCCCUGCAGGAGCGGCAGGCCAACAAGCACCUGCUCUACGUGCUGUUGGAAGUGCUGCUAACAGAACUGUGCCCCGAGCUGAGAGCUCACAUAGAUCAGCUGAGGGGCGCUCAGCAGGGAGGUGGCUCCCGGGGACAGUCCGGAGACGUCUCUGGGGCCUCCUAGACACAGAAGCCUCUCGCGGGCAGAGGCCCGAGGACUUUCCGGGCCUUUUUUUUAAGGUUUCUCUCUGGUUUUAUGUGAAGCCCGGGUCCAAAAUCGCGGCGGAGCGGCCAAUGCCUGGGCCCGGCUAGUGCCCUGGGGCUGGCCGUUCGGUCUCCGGGUGGUGGACGGUCACUCCGAGGGCUCCGAACAUUCCUCCGUUUCCCCUGUGUGUCCGAGAACUUGGUGUGCAAUACUACUUGUAGAGUUAUUGUGAAGGCUCGAUUGUUCUUAUUUUGACUAGUGACUCCCCUGGUUUCGAGGCGUUCGCAAGCAAUAAAUCACAAGCGGAAUCGCU